GGGGGCGGGCUCGGGGCGCGCGGGCUUCCGGCGGGACCAGACGCAGCUAUGUCGCGGAAGAAAGUAAGACCGCGGCUAAUCGCGGAGCUGGCUCGCCGCGUGCGUGCCCUGCGCGAGCAGCGGGACCGGCCGCGGGACUCGCAGCGCUACGCGCUAGACCACGAGUCGCUGACCCGGCCUUUCUCUGGUCACCGACUGCCGAUGCGCGCCUGGGCCGACGUGCGUCGCGAGAGCCGCCUCCUACAGCUGCUCGCCCGCCUCCCGCUCUUCGGCCUGGGCCGCCUGGUCACACGCAAGUCCUGGCUGUGGCAGCACGACGAACCGUGCUACUGGCGCCUGACGAGCGUGCGGCCCGACUACACGGCACAGAACUUGGAUCACGGGAAGGCCUGGGGCAUCCUGACCUUCAAAGGGAAAACAGAGGGUGAGGCCCGGGAAAUCGAGCACGCUAUGUACCACGACUGGCGUCUGGUGCCCAAGCACGAGGAGGCGGCCUUCACUGCGUUCACACCGGGGACCAAGGACAGUCUGCGCCGGGUGCCCUACCCACCCCUUCUCCGGGCCAUGAUUCUGGCCGAGAGACGGAAAAACGGGGACACAAGCGUCGAAGAGCCCUCGCUGAGUGUGGAUAUGUCGUGCGCGGAUCCCUGGGACUAUCCUGCCAAACAGGCCAAAGGGAAGGCCAAAGGGACCCCAGUCUAACGCGCCCCGACCGGCAGGGGCGCCCGGGGCUAUGACGGCCAGUGUGAUGACAGUGUCUUUGGCUUCGACAGACCCCGCUGCCCUAAUUUGCCGCUCUGCAGGCUGCUGGACGAAAGUGGAGAGCAGCGGGUUGUCAGUCACUUCCAGGCGGCCCCUUCCGCGUUCUUGUGGCUGGGAAUAAA